AUGCAGCUGCCGAUAGUCAACAUCAACGCGUGCGCCGCUCUGAUAUGGAUUUGUUGGUUAUGCCAGUAUUUAAGACAGAUCGAAACAAGAGAAUUUCACCUAGGGCUGCUUCUGCCAUGGGACGGCUUCUGGCCUGUUGGUAAACAUGCCGCGGGUGCAGCAUUAGUUGCUAUAGAUUUUAUAAAUGCAGACGCACAGUUCUCGGCUAUACAUACAAACGGACACAACCUCAGCCUUGCCUGGCGUGACGACAAGUGUGAUGUCGGUGUGGGUUUGUCACAGUUAGUGGAUCUAUGGAGUGUAAAGUAUGAUGGAAAUCACUUGGAUGCAUUUAUCGGACCAGGUUGCAGUAUUAUAUGCGAGCCAGGUGGACUACUGGCAUCGCAAUGGGGCGUACCUAUGGUGUCAUGGGGUUGCGCGAGCAGUGCUCUGUCGAACAAAAUAGAAUACCCAACGUUCGCGCGAACUGUUGCGCCAAUGACGAGAACGGCUGACUUUGUUUUGCAAAUAAUGUUACAUUUUAACUGGACACGAGUGGCCAUUAUUACAACUGCGGAGAGUGUAUGGCAGCUCACAGCGAAUGCAUUGAGCAAAAAACUCAUCGAAAAUAACAUCGAAGUGCCGGAGUUUCAUAUUUUCUACAGUUCAGAUGAGCUGACUAAAUACGAAAAUAUGAAGAGCGGUUACCAGGCUUUGGAGGAGGCUAAAUCUUCAUCACGGAUUUUUAUUCUGUGUGCCUAUGGUCGAGAUGUUCGACACUUACUACUCAGUGCCUACGAUUUGAGGAUGACUGAAGGGGAAUAUGCCUUCUUCACAUUACAAGUAUCGUUGGAUUCAUACUAUUCUGCUAGCAUUGACAUGGAAGACGAUAGGAAUGGCGAUGCUGCUCUACCAUUUGAAGGUAAGCAUAUGGUAACUAUGGUGACAUGGACUGAGAAGGAAGAAUGGUUGAUGGAUAUAAGCGUAUACGAACCAGAUGGAGAUUCCGCCUAUCAACAAUUUCAUAGUCAAGUACGAAGCAAGUUAAGAGAAGACCCAUUUAAUUACAACUUACCAGAUAAUGAAGCGAUUUCAACAGAAGCAGCUAUGAUAUAUGAAGCAGUAUUAUUGUAUGCGGUAGCAUUGAAUGAAAGCUUGGCUCAGGGUGUAGAUCAAUAUGACACCACAAACAUAAGUCGAAGACUAUUUGAUAGAAAUUUUACUGGUCUUUAUGGUGAAGCGUACAUAGAUCACCAUGGCGACAGGUCACUAAAUUAUAUGCUACGUAAUGUACAGAAUGGUAGUUAUAUUCACGUGGCGGACUAUUUUGUCAGUGACGGCGUUUACCGGGAUGUGAGUCAUUCUGUCGUCUGGCCGGGUAGCAGCCAAUCUCCUCCUCAGGAUCGUCCUUCCUGUAGCGCGGAUAUAUGCCAGCAAGAUAGCUUUGAUAAGAUCUCUGUUGUAGCUGUAGUGUGUUCUGUUGUUGGUUUGGCCAUCGUUUCAAUCGUCGGCUAUAUUGUAUACAGGAACCGGAAAUACGAAGAAGAUUUAAUGAACAAGCUGUGGAAGAUAAACUUUUACGAUAUACAGUUCACGGAUACCGGAAGUAAGACGCAUUUCGGGAGCAAAAUCAGUCACAGUAGCAAGUUUAGUAACGACACCGCUGUCCAGAGCACAACUAAUUCACAUGAAGGUGCACAGAUGUUUACUCGCGUGGGUCGUUAUCAAAGUAAUCUGGUAGCCAUAAAACCUGUACGAAAGAAGAGCGUUCAUAUCACACGGGAGCUGUUAAUGGAAUUCAAGGAGCUACGGGAUUUGCGACAUGCCAAUAUAAACCAAUUCGUGGGUGCGUGCGUGGACGCUCCCGAGAUUUGUAUUGUAACACACUACUGUAGUAAAGGCAGUCUACAGGAUGUAUUGGAGAAUGAUAACAUAAAGCUAGACUGGUUAUUCAAAUUAUCUUUUGCCUCCGAUAUUGCUAAGGGUAUGGCUUAUUUACAUGCAUCACCAAUUCAAUCCCAUGGCAACCUGAAAUCAACCAAUUGUUUGAUUGACAGCCGGUGGGUCUGUAAAAUCACCGAUUUUGAUCUGAUACGAUUUCGUGAGGGACAAACUGAAAUAAAAUAUACACACUAUAUUGAAUACGCACGUAAACUCUGGACGGCACCAGAACUUUUAAACAUGGGAGACACCCCACUGAAAGGCACACAGAAGGGUGAUGUAUAUUCAUUUGGAAUAAUUUUACAAGAAAUAGUCGUACGGGGAGGACCCUACUGUAUGUUUAAUAUGGAACCAGAAGACAUAAUUUCAAGAGUAAAAGACGGCACUAGUCCAUAUUUCAGACCAAAAGUACCCCUCGACUCUGGGGAUGAGAGAAUUCUAGAUUUGAUGAGAAUAUGCUGGGAGCAAAUUCCAGCUUUCAGACCAAACUUCAGCACGAUAGCAGACUCCUUAAAGAAAAUGAAUAAAGGAAGGCAAACUACUCUUAUUGACAAUAUGAUUAGCAUGAUGGAGAAAUACGCCGACCACUUAGAGGAUUUAGUGGAGGAAAGAACGCGCCAACUAGCUGAAGAGCAGAAGAAAACUGACGAACUAUUGUACAGAAUGUUGCCGAGGAGCGUGGCCGAACAAUUAAAACAAGGUCGUGUGGUGGAACCUGAAAACUUUGCCAAGGUAACAAUAUUUUUCAGCGACAUAGUUGGUUUUACGCAGCUAGCUGGUGAUAGCUCCCCCAUGCAGGUGGUCGACGUUUUAAAUGAUCUUUACACAUGUUUUGACACAAUACUUGAAAACUAUGACGUGUACAAGGUGGAGACUAUCGGGGAUGCAUACAUGGUUGUUAGUGGACUACCCAUUAGAAAUAGCAACAAACAUGCCGGUGAAAUAUGUACUAUGGCACUAGAUCUACUGAGCUCAAUGCGGACAUUCAAAAUAAGACACAAGUCAGACAUGCAGCUACAACUGAGAAUAGGAAUACACACAGGUCCCUGUGUGGCUGGUGUGGUGGGCUUGAAGAUGCCGAGAUACUGCCUGUUUGGUGACACGGUUAAUUACGCAUCUAGGAUGGAGUCCACUGGACUAGCUUUGAGAAUUCAUAUUAGUGCCGCAUGUCGAGAAGUUCUCAUGCAGCUUGGAGGAUUUUACUUUGAAGAGAGAGGUGACGUUUAUAUAAAGGGAAAAGGCAAAGUGAAUACAUGGUUUUUAAUUGGAAAGAAGGGUUUUAAUAAGCCUCUACCAGUUGUAAAUUCGGCUUGCAUCAAUGAGCAUCAUUUCAA